AUGUCGCCGUCCGAAGAUUCAAUUCAGCAACCUAAUGGUUCUUCCACGUCUGCCAAAACGCGCACGCUGCGCACCGGCAGAGGGGGCAGAGCAGCGGGUUCAGGACAGCGAAGAGGUGGUGGUGGAGGAGGAGGAUACCCUCGGAACGAGGAGGUUGCAUCGUUGGCACCGCCACCGGGUCUCGCCAGAAGGUCCGGAAUUGAACAGGACGAAGUGGUGCCUGAAGGCGAGCAAUGUGUUAUUUGUGCAGAACGGAUUGAGUAUGCGGCAUUGACCCCCUGUAAUCACACCACGUGCCAUAAAUGUACAUUCAGACAACGAGCGUUGUAUGAAAAGAACAACUGCUUGAUUUGUCGUAGCGAAAACGAACGUGUUGUGAUGACGGAGUUGCUCGAUAAGGAGUAUGACGAGGUGAAACAGCUGGGCGUGGUAAACUGCAGCGACGAAACUUUCAACAUUGAUUUUACACAAGAGUACGUCAAGAGGGACACUUUGAGAUUGUUGGCAAACGAAUGCUCGAUAUGCAAUGAGACGCUUGCAGCUUUUAAAGACUUGACUGAGCACGCGAGAGACGCCCACGGUAAGUACUAUUGUCUCAUCUGUUCCAGGUUUAAAAAGGCAUUCAAGAUUGAACUUAAACUAUACAACUAUAAAAAUUUGCAAAAACACCAGAGCCAAGGCGAUGAGUCUGGAUUCGGCGGACACCCCGAAUGCAGGCACUGUCGAGGCAAGCGUUUUUAUUCGGAGGACGAGUUGAAUGUACAUAUACGCGAGCGUCAUGAGAGAUGCCACAUUUGCGAUCAAACCACACCCAAGACGGCCGACUAUUACAGAAACUACGAAGAGUUGUACAGGCAUUUCGCGCAGCACCACUACGUUUGCACAGUUGCUUCGUGUGUGGAAAAGAAAUUUGUCGUGUUUGGGGAUGACUUGGACUUGACGGCACACAUGUUGAAAGAGCAUGGUGGGUUGAGCAAUAAUGGUAAUCGAGUGGUUAUCGGCUCCAACUCCCAUCAUACACACCAAUACCACCAUCAUAAUAGUAGUAGUGCCCCACGUCAAUUUGGCCAGUUGUCGACGUUCAACAAUGCGAGAUGGUUGAGUUCAAACUCAGACCAAGAAGAAGACCAGCAGUCGCCCGAGAUCAAGAAAAGAAGAUUUGAAGAACGAGCAAAGCAUUACCUCAACUACGACCACAACAAGUACAAUGAGUUUGUCAAGUUGAACGAAACGUUUAAACGCAAAAGGAUCAACGCCGAGGAGUUGUUGCAAAUUUACAAGCAAAAUUUAUUUAUUCAUCAAACGAUCGAGGAGUUGAAUCUUUUAGUAAAAGAGUUUUUGGAGUUUUUCCCCGAGGGGAGCGAUUUGCAAAAGGAUCUUCUUUCUAUCCUAGUUCAAGAAAACGAGGAGACUCCAACUGAACAGUUCCCCAUACUAGGAGGCAGGUCAGCUGCAAAUGCUUUCAGCACCGGUGGCUGGUUGAAUGGCAAUCGCUCGGCAUCGCCAGUAGACAACUUCCCACCGUUGAAGAAGCCAGUCAAGGUCAACUACAUCAAUCCCAACGAACAGCCCAUCAGGUACACCACGGUGGUCAAAAAGACACCACAACCAAAGAAGAAACCCGCUGUCACAAUGGCAAGCCCGUAUCUCCCAAAUUAUCUCGAUAACACGAGAUCCAAGUCCAACCCGUCCAUAAACGAGACGCCGCGCUUGGGCCAGAGUGGUUCAUCUUCGUCUUCUGCAUCUGCAUCUUCAUCGAAAUUGAGCCUGAUGUCUAACCAGGGCAUAGAUGAUGGCAAGUUUCCCGCAUUACAGAAGAAGAGCACAAAGAAGGUCAUUCCUCGAGUCAACGAGGUCAAGGUGAUGGAUCCUAAAAACUGGGGUCAGCCGCAAGCUGAAUUUUUAGUUGGUAGUUCCAACGGCAAUGAUAGUGAUGAUGGCGGCCUUGAGAUUUUCGACAAGAGGAAGCAGAAAUUGAAGAAGAAACAAGAUAGGCUUUUGUUCAGUAACGCUUUUUAA